CUUUCAAGACUGUGAACUAAAACGACGCCGUUUUCGUUUCUCUCUCGUUUAACCAGACUUCAGUACAAUUUCUUGCAUCAAAACCCUAAAUCCCCGAGCUCCCUAAUUCGGCAAUGGCAAUCGGACGAACCGGAGUUCACGUCGACGACUAUUUGGAGUAUGCAAGUACAUUGCCAGCUGAGCUCCAAAGACUUCUCAAUACGAUUAGAGAACUCGCUGAAAGAUCCCACUCAAUGAUAAACCAGACAAGGCACCAGACAAUGUACUGCUUGGGAUUGGCAACACAGGGUACAAAGAAAGGGAAUGGUUAUAACGGUAAUGAAGAAGAGGAGGCAAUGGAGAAAGCACAAAAAGAUAUUGAGGUCAAUCAGGAUAAUGCAUUGAAGUUAUGCACUGAGAAGGUUUUGUUGGCACGGCAAGCUUAUGACCUUAUAGAUGGCCAUAUAAAACGACUUGAUGAGGAUCUGCAUCUUUUUGCGGAAGAUCUAAAGCAAGAGGGUAAAAUACCACCAGAUGAGCCAGCAAUUCUUCCACCAUUACCCAUUAUUCCUAAGAUUGAGAAACGCAAGCCCUUCUAUGGAACACCACAAUCAAAGAGGAUUGAUUACAGGGAUAGGGAUUGGGACCGAGAGCGGGAUUUUGAGCUCAUGCCACCUCCUGGGAUCAAUAAGAAGGAGUUUAUCACUCCCAUGGAUGUUGAUCAACCCAUUGAUCCAAAUGAACCUACCUACUGUGUCUGUCAUCAGGUGUCAUUUGGAGAUAUGAUUGCCUGUGACAAUGAAAAUUGCCAAGGAGGUGAAUGGUUCCACUAUGCCUGUGUUGGACUUACGCCAGAGACAAGAUUCAAAGGGAAGUGGUAUUGUCCAACCUGUAGACUGCUUCCCCAAUGUCAAUGAUCCUACAUAUUGUACGAUUUAAAUUGCUUUAGUGAAUUAUUGAUUUGUGUUGUGUCAUAAUCUCUUUCAUCUUGAAAGAGAUAGGGGAAAAAUCAUUUUCUCUAAUCUGAUCAAUGUAGUUAAGUUUGUAAUCUGAAAGUGCUCAUCUAAUGCAUCUGGAAAAGAAAAGAAAAAUAGAGUAAAUGACGAUAAAUCAAAUUACGGAGGUUUUCC